CGGCGGCCGGCGAUGGGGAUGAUGACCAUGCACCGUGGCUACCACGUCGAGACCGUGCCCUACACCAACCGCGCCCACCUCGUCCCCCGCUCCGGCCGGGCCGCACGCGAGCGCCAUGCCACCGACUCCUACUUCGCCGCUUUCAAGAAGCAUUACGCGUCCUGGAUCCUCGAGGAGAACGACGAUCAGAACGUCCGCGUCAACCGCAUCGUCAUGGAGCUUGUCGGCGCCGUCCACCGUAGCCUGCCCAAGAAGGCUCUCGGCUGGGUGGACGACCUCAAUUGGGAGGCGGUUGUUCUCAGACACGACAGCGUCAACGCUUAUGUGCUGUGCACCGGCAAAAUCGUAGUUUUCACCGGGCUGCUCCGCCGUCUCGACACCGACGCCGAGAUCGCCGCUGUUCUUGGGCACGAGUUCGGACACGUUCUUGCAAAGCACACGUCAGAGAUGAUCGCAAACUUGAUCGACAACAAGUGGUUUCCGGCCCUCCUCACCGCCCCAUUCCUACGAAGGCAGGAGAUAGAAGCAGAUUAUAUCGGAAUGAUGCUACUCGCAGCUGCUGGUUACGAUCCACAUGAAGCCCCUCGAGCCCUUGAGAAGGUCGGAAACAUGGAAAGAAAAUCUAUAUUGGAGAAACUGCUGUCUUUUCUCUCUCAUCCAUCCUGCAAGAAAAGGUCACGGCUGCUAUCGCAACCUAGGGUCAUGAGGAAGGCAAUGACAUUAUACAAUCAAGUGAAAGGAAAGAAACAUUGUUGUGUUGAAAUACAAAUUGUAUAGGGAUAGGAUUGGUGUUUAACUAUAAACCUCUCCUAUCCCUUCUUGUCUCGGUCUCCUCCUCUACCGACCUUCUCUGUACUUCUCUCGA